GUCAGAGUCCUUUAGAGUUUGUCAUUUCAUUUUCUAAAACAUUUUGUUGAAGUGAAGUCCCUUUCUUAUAUCGUCAUCCUUUUCAACAUAAUUCUGUGAAAUAUACUUGUAUUAAAGAGCAGAGGCAGUUGAUGAUAUGUUACCCAAAUACUUUGGGAUAGUUUUUAAAAGAAUAGACAAGAAAUAGAGUCCAAAUAUGGAUUGGAAUAAUAAAAUCAUCUUCAGAAAUUCUCAAAUCUCCUCUACCAACUUACUUCACAACAAUUCUUGUAAUCAAUUUGAUCAUUUUCCUGAUAUGGAGGUAAGAAAUAAUGAAAAUGGUCGAGUUGAGAGAGACAUGAUUAUGAUGGGGUUUGGCAAUCAAGAAAAGAUGAAGAGGCGACUAACGACGAAACAAUUGGAGUCAUUGGAGAGUAGUUUUGAGGAAGAAAGGAAGUUAGAUCCUGAUAGAAAGAUGAAACUUGCUAGAGACCUCGCCCUUCAGCCUCGCCAAGUCGCUGUUUGGUUUCAGAAUAGGCGAGCAAGGUGGAAGGCUAAGAAGCUUCAGCAUUUAUAUGACGCUCUUAAGCUGGACUUUGAACUUGUGUCUAAAGAGAAACACAAGCUCCAACAAGAGGUAGAAAGAUUGAAGUCAAUAAUGGUCAUGGAAGAAGCAACAAAGAAGCAAGUCUACAGCAGCUAUACUGAAGCCUCUUGUGAAGAGACCGUAGAAAGCACGUCGGCUGCGGCUGCCAACCAAUAUACAGGGCGUAACAGUGGCAGCAACAAUGGAGCAGACGACAUCGUUUUGAAUCGUGAGCACAACAAAACGGGCCACCACUUUCUCUUCAAUCUUGAUAAUUAUAAUGCAAUUUCACCUUCUUACUGGGGUGGGUUGCCCUUCAAUGAUUAAUUAAUUAAUUACCUUAUGUCUAAAUUUUAUGGCAGUAUACCUUAACUUUUAUAAGAGAUGUAGUUAGUAUAGCAAGGUAUGCAUGUACUCGUGUAAUUUAUGGUACGACCCGAUCGGACCUCCAUCUUGUAUCCCAAUUCCCAAAGGUUUCUUUUGCUCA